AUGGCUGCACGCACUGGCCUUUUGGCCUUUCCCAACGAGCUUCUUUUCCAGAUCUUGGACCACGUCCACGAUGGCGGCCAGGACACCGACUCAGUUCACGCAGUCAUACGUACUUGCAAGGCGCUCAAGCCCAUGGCUGAGGCGUGCCUCUAUUCAUCCAUCACCCUUCUCAAGCGGUCACAACUAAAGCCUCUCACGGCCUGUCUAGAGGCAGAUCCCGUCCGCAAAACCUACAUUCGCGACCUGCAGUUGCCUUGGUCCACCAGGCUUUAUGAGUUUGGCGAGAGCGCGCCAUUGGAUCUCUGCUCUCUUCCCGGCCUGACAUCUUUCGUUUCCGAGAGCCCUUUCUGCAAUGCCCACUACAGAUACCAAGAGGAUCGGGUGGAAGAUUGGAUCAAUGUGAUGGAGAGCUACCUGCGCGGUUUCGAGCGUGCCUCACUGCUCAGUAACUCGGGGACUCUGGGGGAACGACCUCUGAAGAACUUAAGGCAUUUGACGCUACAUUGGACGGGCGGUGAUGACGGGGGCAGGACCGAAAGAUUCUGGCCAAUAACACCGUCAUGCCCGGUAUUCCUGAUGCCGAGCCUUCAUUCCUUGGAGAUAUCGUGCGUCUACAUAAAAUCUUCGGUCCCCGGGGAGUCCAAGUCCAACUGGGCCGCUGAAAUACUCCCUUUCGCCCGCCGAACAAAUUUGAAAUCCCUCAUAAUUACCAGGGGUGGCAUCCCAGCUGAGGCACUGCUGGCUAUUCUAGCACUGCCAAAGGCUUUGGAAACUUUCAUUCUCCGCGAGGCAGUACCUCACCGAGAGAGUGGUCCUGGCUCCGUUGCCACUGAGCAAAUGGACAUCUUUCAACAGGCCAUCGCCCAGCAAUCCGAGACACUCAAAAUGCUUCACAUCCAACGGAAUCGCCGUUCCAGCACACAACGGCAACUAAGCAUCGACUUGUCCGGAUUCCAGAGCUUAUCAGAAUUCCACGUCGGACCGUAUAUCAGUGACCGUGUCUUCGUAUGGAAGCUAUCCGACCCCAUGCCGCCGAUGCUCACCAGGCUACGUCUCAUGGAGUGUUUCGUCCCUGAUAUGGCAUACUGGCACCAAUUUCGAUCAGACGUCCUGUUGGAUGACCUCGUCGGACUUGCCCGUGUCCGGAACGCUGCGGUUCAUCUUGACAUCGUUCUCCGGAAAGUAGUAACAAUGGGGAAUUGGCGUCAUGGACUUCGCGAUAUCGGAGAAGAUUUCCGUGCACGAUAUCUUGCUUCUGGCGAGCAACUCGAAUCUUCUCCACCUCCGGAGGCUACGGCUCAGCCGCGCCUCCGUUUCUUCACAGUUGGGAGAUCGGGAUACUCGCCGCCGUACCUGUACCACGAGCGUAGUCCUCGUUCCACGUUAUUCUACGACUCGUCAAAUCCACGGGGCUUUGUGGAUAACGAUGACGACGACGACAGCAGUAGCUUUGUAGUCAACUUUGACGCGGCAGAUAUGCUAGUGGAAGUCGAUUGA